AUGGGUGAUCGGUUGCUCGACCGCGCCGACGAGGCCGACUACGAUGUCGACUUGGAUAUUGACUACGAUGAGGAGGAGGAGACUCGCAUGGCACCACCACGCCAGAGCAGUAGUGGCAGUGAUGUCCCCACCUGGACUUUUUCUCGUAGCUUUGACCCACAGGCGGAGCCAGUCAAGUCGCGCAUCGCCAAUGUUAUCUUCCAUCCUUGCUACAUUUGGUUCUAUCUCAUGCUCUUGGUGGCGUGUGCGACCAUGCUUGCUUGGACCUUCUCUUCCAAGUCCAUUACCCACCUUUACGUCUUUGUCGACCUCGUGGUCAACCUAUUGAUUUUAUCCGACUUUGGAGUACGCCUCUACCUCAGCACUGUCCGCGAAUUUUUCAGUAUCGCACUGAAUGUCCUUGAUGGACUGAUCGUGGCAGCCUGUCUCAUCACCUCUGUGAUCGAGUUUGUGGAGCUGGGUCAAAAGGGCCAUGACGAGGUACAGCUACUCUUGAUUGCCCCUCCCACCCGCACGAGGGUAAAGCAACAUGCAAAGGCACAUGUUGACAUGAAAUUGCUGUACCUGCUGAAAGAUCUUCGCACUUCGUUUGCUGAUUGUCGCCCUCUCCUUCCAAAAUCACUGCGAAAAAUCUACGGACAUGCGCAUGUCAGAUUCAUCAAGCGUCGCGAGCUUGCCGCGCUGCAACUGGAUGAGGUGCUCAUGAAUACUCAUGAAGAAGACGCCUUGUACAAUCCCGACAUCAACGAAGUGUUUGCUGCCGACUCUUCAGACAUGCCCUACGUGGCAUUUCGAGAUCAGACUGUAUACUAA